ACUGUUGCUGCUUUGCUGCUGUUGGAUCCGGAUCUAAGAUACACCAUGUCUGUGUCCAUCCUGUUGGCCAUUUGUCUGGGUCUGGCUGUGGACAGCUUGGCCCAACCGCAUCCAUGCAAGUCGCCACCUUUCAUGCAGGGUCAUUCAGUCGUGAUCUACCCCAGUGGAGAUUAUUAUUCCCUGGAAGAGUUCUUCUACGACGGGGCAGGGCAGAGAGUGAAGCGCAGAGCACUGGAGACCGUGAACAACAACACAAUUUACAGAGAGGAACUUAUGCUCUAUCAAGAGGGUGUGUAUUAUGAGAUAUAUCACCACAACAAGACCUGCACAAAAGCUCCCUUUAAGGUUAAAUGGUUCCCUAUUGAAGUGCCAGGAGAUGCCAGCUUCCAGAAGCAGUUUGUCAUGGGAAGUUUGUCUGAUGUCAGAGAGGGACUCUUAAUAAACAGCUGGACAGGACAGCUACCACAGUUUAAAGCCAAAUAUCUCAUGACCUUCACUGAAUUCGGUUGCCUCCCUCUCUCCAUUAACCUCAAUAUUGAGAAUGUGGGCUAUAUUGUCCAAGAUUUUUAUGACAUCGUUGUCGGCAUUGAGGAUCCCGGCGUGUUCUUCCCGCCUCCGUUCUGUGACAAAGCCUCCGACAGGGGUGAAACUGUGACCGACUUCAUCGACACUCUCGUCAACACAUGAAGUUACAAUCUGGGAGAUGCGGCUGACAAUUUUGCCCCUCCACUGAAUGCAUUGUGAAACGUGUGCUUGAGCACAUGCUGACUAAACAGGACAUCAUUGGCUGUCUUUCUGUUCCCUUUGUCUGAAAAUCGAGCGAGUGAAAUAAAGAAUUCUCCCGUG